AUGAAACCGCAACUGGAAUUCGAUGAAAGUAUUGUACGAUCGGGCUCACGUAUACGUGAAAGUGUACGUAGUUUACCGAAAGGACAUUUUCAACAGAUCAGACAAAUGUUCGAAAAACAAACAUAUCCAACGAAAAAAUUAUCAACUAUCUAUGAACGACAUCACAAAUCUGUUCCAUGCAAUGGUUUACUUCGAUUACCUGUUACUGACGAUGAAAAGUUAAAACAUACGACAACAAAACGUGAUCAUGAAAAACCACUCGAAGAACGCUAUCGUGAUUAUACUUCAGAAUAUCAAUCAUUUCGUUUAAAACUCACACAUGAGUAUCUUCAACAUAAAACGAUCUGUCCUCUGAAAGACGAUGAACAAUUAUUUAAACAACAAAUUUGUUUACCUCAUGAGAACCACUCAAAUAAAGAAACGCCCAAACAUAGUACUUCAUUACUUUUGCAACAAAAUCCAUUGUCUAAAUCAGGUGAACAUUCUUCUACAACAUCUCUAAUUAAUAAAAAUCGCCCAUUCGCUAUGUCAGCACUUAUGAAUUAUGCAGAUAGUUACGAUUCAUUAACAUCAAGUUCUUUAAGUCGUACAGGUAGUAGCCGACACUAUGUAUCCAAUUUACAAAAUACAUUAGAUAUUCAUACUGAACCUGUGAUUAUGACAACAUCUACACAGACGAAUUUAUUGCACGAUAACCAACCAACAAUAUCAAAUGAAACCUAUGGUUCACUAAAAGCAUCAAGACGUGUUCAUUCGUCAACAUCGCUCUCAUCAACCGGUUACGAUUCAAAUUCUUCCCCAUCAAUUAAAUCAAAACGUAAUUCUAUAGCAACAAAUAAUAGUAAUGAUUGUAUAAUGCAUUCAACAUGUUCGUCUUCUUCGUCCUCAUCUCCAUCAUCACUAUCAAGGCAUAAACAAGAACAAGAACAACAAUUAUCUAAACCUUGGAUUCCAUAUGAAUCAAACACAAUAAAUCCUUCAUUCUCAAUUUCACCUCAUAAUGAUGAUGCAUUUGAAAGCUUCAAUGAAUCAUCGCCAAUGGUUAGUCGUACAGAAAUUAAAUUGAGUCAACCAACAACUGAUCAUCGUCCUGUCAAUAUUAUUCGUCAUGUCAUUGUACGUAAUUCAGCAUUAACAACUUCUCCUUCAUCAACAACAUCGACUCACGAACCCGUUAUAGCAUCAAACAAACCGAAUAAUUUAUCCUUUACAGUUCAAACAACAUCAUUUUCUGAUCAUACGGAUAAGAAAGCCGAUAAAAAAAUUCGUCGAUGGAAUAAUAUUUACGCUGAACGUAUUGAAUUUGUUAAUAAAUCAAAUCCAAAUAGAAGAUAUCCACUAACAUCGACUAGUUCAAUGGGUUUUCAAGUUGCGAAUCUCAACAACGAACAAGAACAACAAACAGAUGUUAAUACGUGUAGUGCAAAUUCAGAACAUAAACCAAUUAAUGAACAAAAAGAAAACCCGGUAAUUCAAGUAGAAAGUCCAGUAUUAUGUACAUUACCACCAAAAAAACCGCCAAGAACAUUCGAACAGGAAAAGAAACGAAAUACUCUAGGAAAACUAAAAGGUUCAAAAGCAUUGUCAUCAUCAUCAUCAAAUGAAAAUUCACCAAUAUUAGAUUUCGGUGCACGUUCAGUUAGUUGUAUGGAUUUAACAGCGAGUGUUACAAAUACUUUACUGCUGAAUGAUCAUUUACCAUUAAAACAAGAACAAACUCGUAUAUCGCGUCGAUCAGAAAAACCGUCUCUCUCCAACGAACCAUCAAAAUCUUCAGUAUCACCAAUGUUAAGCAACAACGAUAGAGAAGCAUUUCUCUAUAAUAGUUCACAGAACGAACUAAAUACAAUGCAUACAAACACUCCUUCAUUUAAUGCACCAUUAUCCAAACAAAAAACAAGCAAAAAAUCUUCGAUGAAAAAAGGCAUUAGUGAACCAAAUCUUACUAAGACAUCUCGAAAUCGAUCUCCAUUUUCACCACGUGCUCUUCUUGAUCGUUUUAAACGUAUGCUACCAAUAUCAUUAUCAAAACAAUCAUUAAACGAAAAACCAACAAAUCACAAUGAUAGGAUUUCACCACAAAACGAUAGCGAUGAUACAGGUAGUACAACAUCAGAAAAUAAUGAUAAUAUUCGUACAUCAAGACUUGAUCAUGUUACUCAUGUGCAAAAUAUUUGCGAAUCAUUAAGUACAUCAAACAAUAUGUCAAGUUUACUUACGGAUCCAAGUCUUAGUUUAUUAACAAAUGAAAUAACAACUUUAUACGAUUAUGUUGUUCAUAUUUUGCCUGAACAAGAAAUUGGAUAUUUUUCAAACGGAAACGGUUGCAUAUUAUCAUCAAAUUUUAAUCAACAUUUGUCAACAACAGCACCAAUACAUUUCAAGUAUCCACCAGAUGCACAAGAUGAAGCAACAUUAAAAUAUUUUUGUUUUCCCGAUCAACUCGAUUCCAAUAAUAAUCCAUUGUCAUUGGCGAAAAAAUCCGCACAAGAAUAUUUUCGUUUUACAUUGACGAAUAUGCAUGGCGUGCGUCAAUAUGGUUAUUGUUCACGAUUCUUUCAUAAGCGUAUACUCAAUGCAUUAUGUAUUGUUUCACCGUUUGACAUGAUCGAAAUUUAUGAAAAAAUUCUUUCAACGGCUACCGAAUUAUUUCUUUCGUAUAAAGAGAAUGAAGCAAAGACAUUUCUAGAAGAAAUUUAUCAUCAUCGAUUACCAAAUCGAGGUGAUACAAUACAUAUUACGACAUCGACAGUUGGAUUGUAUACAUUAAAAUGUGAAUAUGAUAGACGAAAAGUAUUGAUUGAUUCGAUUACUUUACUUAGUCUAUCAACAGAAACCAUCAUAAAAAUAUUUUCUUCAAUUCUCUACGAACAAAAAUUAAUCUUUAUUGGCAAUGAAAUCGGUUCAUUAACACGUUUGAUUAAUACAUUUGUUUGUUUACUAUAUCCAUUUUCUUGGCCACAUACAUUUGUUCCAAUUCUACCUGCAUUAAUGCUCGAUAUCGUACAAGCUCCAACACCUUAUAUUAUUGGAAUCUUACGUUCAUGUGAAUCGUAUCUUUCGGGCAACGAUGAUUUUUUAUCUCAAGACAAUUCUGAUAUACUCAUAGUUGAUAUUGAUCAUGAUCGUAUACGUUCAAUCGAUGAUUAUAUAAUGAAUAAUUCUCAUCGUAGUUCAACAGACAAUUUACAUCAUUUUCCUACGUCGAAUCAAGAAAACAAUCCACGUUUUCAAAUUUUACCAAAAAUAUUUAAAAUUGAAUUGAAACAAGAAAUCUCGCUCUUACGUAAAACUCGAUUGAGUUUAUCAUUAGACGAAUGUCAACAACGUUUACACGACGUUUUUAUGUCUAUAUUUGUACAAUCAUGCUAUAAUUAUAAAGAUUAUUUUAAUGAAACAUUUCAACGUGAAGAAUUUCUUCAAUCGAAGCAACAUACAAUUGAAUUAUUUUUAGAAUGGUUUACACGCACACAAAUAUUUGGAUUAUUUAUUCGGCAAAAAUUUGAAUAUAAUAAUGCAAAUCAAUUUGCGAUUUCAUUUGAUUCGGCUUGUGGAAAAUAUUUGAAAAAAUUCAAUAAACAAACGCCACAACGUGUCACAGCUAAAGCAGUUAAACGAAAAUCAGCAACGCGAGCAAACAAACAAGAUAAUCGAUUUUAA